AUGUUAAAAUUAAAUGAUGAAAAUGAAAUACCAUUUAAUGGUGAAUUUGAAGAUAGUGAAGAAGAAUCUGAAGAGUUUUCUGAAGAAGAUUCAGAUGAUGAUGAGUUAAUAAAUAAAAGAAAGAAAAAAAGAAAAUAAUUAGUUAAUAAUAACAAAAGAUUGAUAAUGAAUGUAUCAGACACUUAAUAUGCUGCUGUUAAAUUUGUGGGCAAAAUCUUAAAUAAGUUUAAGUUACAAUAUACUCCCUAUUUAGAAACCUAAGUAUGGGAUUUUUGUUGGACUGAUAAUGCAGUGCUACCUGAAACUCUUGCUAGAAUGUAAGGUAAAAUAUAUUUAAUUAAAAAAUAGGCCAUUAAAGAAUUAAUCAUUUUCCUGGUAUGUAUUGUAUUGCCAGAAAGAACUAUUUAGGCAAAAAUUUAAAUAAAAUGGCUAAACAAUUUCCAGAGGAAUUUGAUUUUUAUCCUAAAACUUGGAUGCUACCUUCUGAUAUUUCAGAUCUUAGAUAAAACAUUGGAAAAAUUAAAUAUUUUAUUGUUAAACCAGAAGCAUCAUGUUAAGGAAGAGGUAUGACUGUUACAAAUUAUCAAAGGUAUAUUUUUGACCAAAUAAGUUGAAUCUAUAGCAUCUGAACAUUGUGUAGUAUAAAGAUAUUUACAUAAACCAUUGUUAAUAGAUGGUUUAAAAUUUGAUUUUCGUAUGUAUGUUUUAUUAGCAGGUUGUGAUCCAUUAAGGUAAUAUGUUGUUAAGUAUACAAUAGAAUAUAUCUAUUUAAAGAAGGAUUAGCAAGGUUUGCUACUUAACCAUACUAAUAGCCUAAUCAAAUGAAUGCUGAAGAAAUGUGUAUGCAUUUAACUAAUUAUGCAAUUAAUAAAGAUAAUCCAAAUUUUGUAUUCAAUACAGAUGAAAAAUAAUUGGAUAUAGGACAUAAAAGAAGUCUUUCUAGUGUUUUUAAAUUGUUAUCUUAAUAAACUAAUAUUGAUGAAUUGAUGGCAAAAAUCAAAGAAUUAAUUAUAAAAACUUUUUGUUCAGUUUAACCAUUUCUUUAAUCUAAUUAUACUUAACCUGAUAAUUAUGCUAAUAAUAUGUGUUUUGAGAUAUUAGGAUUUGAUAUCUUAAUUGAUAAUACAUAUAAACCAUAUUUAUUAGAAGUAAAUCAUACACCAAGUUUUACUGCAGAUACUCCAUUAGAUGCUUUAAUUAAAAAGAAUCUAAUAAGAGAUACUAUUACAUUAAUGAAUAUAAAUUUAAAAGUAAAAAAUGAACUUUAGUAAUUGUAAAAAGAAUAAAUGUAAAAACGAGUCUUUGGUAAAAAACCUAAACUUUCGAAUGAAGAAAAAAAAUCUCUCAAAAUAUAGGCAUAAAUAGAAAGAGAACAAUAUGAAUCUUAACACUUGGGAAAUUUCGAAAAGAUUUACCCUUGUGAUAAAUCUUAUGAUGAAUAUUUAUAACAUGCAUAAAAAAUAUAUGAAGAAUGGACAGGAGCAAGUAUUAUAUAUUUUAUCUUUAGAUAUCCGUAGAAAUGUUAAAAAAGAAACUGCUACUGAGAGAGAUAAAUUACCAUAACAAAGAUAGUUAUAACAUUCUAUAACAAUAUAAGGCUCUAUUGAUUCUAAUAAUAAACCAUAGAUGGAUCCAGCUAAACCAUCCAUUCGAAAGAGUUUAUAUAAACAUGUACAUAGCAAAGUAUUUUCUAAUAUCAACCCUUAAAAAUCAAUGACAGAAUUACCUUAAUAAUAAUAAUAGAUUGAAUAUAAAUUAUAAGAUGGAAAUGAUAAUGAAAUUGCAUCUGAGGAUUAAUAAAAUAAUAGUAAAUAAUAAGAAAAGAUUGAAAGAUCUAAAAGACCUCCUUCUUUUUAUGUUAUGAAAUCAGUUAAAUAAAGCUCAGAAUUAUAAUUAGUAGACUUAUUUAAUUAUAAAAGAAUUAGUAUUCCUGAAACUUCUCCUUAAUCAUAACCAAUUAUUUUAUAAUAGUAAUCAUUAUAGAUUUCAUAAUAAUAAUAAUAAUAAUCUCCAAAUUUUAAAUCAGCUACUUAAUUGGCUAGACAUUUUUCCAUUCGCAAAACUAAUAAAAGUAAAUUAAAACCAAGCGAAAGUGAUUAAGAAGCCAAAAAAGAUCUGAUUCAAGCAGUUAAUCAAUAUUCUUAAUAAUAAUAAUAAUAAUAAUAAUAAUCCUUUUUCUAAUCUUAAUAAUAACAUUUUUAAAAUUAAUAACAAUAAUAGAAUGGUUCUUUUAUUAAACCAAAAGUAUUUAACUUAAAAUUGUAACCACCGCAUUUUAAAAUACCUUCUCUUCCAAUAUUAAUGCAAUAAUAAAAUUACUAUAAAUUUAGAUAUGAUUGA